CGGCGAUCCCCGCCAGCGCCAUUCGCAUCAAUCGAUGGAGCUGGAGCGACCGAUCGAUCGCAGAGGAGGAGCAAGGGUUUCUCUUUUUUUCCUUCGGUUACACUUAAAGGUCUGGGCUUCACGAGAUAAGAGACGGGAAGAACAGUGGAUCCCUGGUAGCCGAUUGGUACGUAGAUUCGAUGGCAUUGCUGAGUUUAAGUCUCAGAUCUCCUCGCCCGAGCUGCCAUCCUCCGGAGAAAUGGAAGAGAAAUACCUGCGAGCCUGGAAAUCGAAGUGGCACUGGUCGUGUUCUUCUCUCGAGACUUGGUGGUGGUGGAGGAAUGGACAUCCAGAGUAACUUACUUGCGCUCUCGGGAAGAAAUCGUCGUCUCGUUCUCGUGCGAAGAUCCUCGAGCACCGAAGGACACAACAGUGGAGAAGGGAGAGCUUCUUCUCUGGCACUCACGCAAGUGGCUCAUCUGGGAGUGUCACUGGGAAUUUUCCUGGGACUGGAUAAGCUACUCAAGAAACUCUUCGUUUCAGCGUCGAUAAAGUUUCCAAGUGCGUUGUUUGGGAUGUUUUGCAUCUUCGUCAUCCUCAACGUUUUGGACGCGGCAUCACCCGACUCGGCUGCGUCGGUGGUCUCCUUUUUUUCUCCAGCGAUCACGUUCAUACAAAGAUGGCUGCCACUUUUUUAUGUGCCUUCCUUGGUCGUCAUUCCACUUGCAACCAAAGGUAUUCCUGCGUCCGCUGGUGCAAAGAUUGGUGCCAUUCUCGUUUUUGGAUGGGCUGCAACUUUGGCUGUGGCGGGAUACACUGCGGUGGCUGUCAGGGGAAUCGUUCGAACCAAGCUAGAGCCCACGGAGCCGACUCCAAAGCCUGCUCCAUUCACAGCGAAAGAGAUAACAACCUGGUCCAUCGUGUUUGUAUUGUCGUUUGGUCUAGCGGUUUUGUCUCCCGGGGCUCUUGGAUCAUUUCCAGCAACAGCGCUGCCUUUUCUACUUGCAGCAACUGUUCUCGGAUAUAUGCUGGGCUCAAGCUUCCCAGCGGAUCUUAAGAAGGUGCUCCAUCCGAUUGUGUGCUGUGCUAUAGCUGCAGACCUGGCCGCGUUCUUGCUCGGCCUUUUCACGCAAAGAGGAUUCGAAUCAAUACUAGGAGCUUAUUUGACAAAGAAUCCUAGGGAUCCUGGUGCCGGUGACUUGCUCAUGGGAUUUCUUGGUUCGGUGAUUCUCUCUUUCUCGUUCUCGAUGUUUCGUCAAAGAAAGCUUGUCAAGAGGCACGCCGCGGAGAUUUUUUCAGCAGUUAUUGCAUCGUCGCUUUUUUCUCUGUAUUCCACCGCAGCAGCUGGACGAGUCCUCGGCCUGGACGGACAAUUCACUCGAGCUAUAGUACCGAGAUGUGUUACUGUUGCUUUAGCGCUGCCAAUCUCGUCUCUACUCGAAGGUAUUUUCUACAGCUCAAAAUCAAUCGUUGACAGCAGCAGUUGUGGUGUUGACCGGUCUUGUCGGAGCAAACUUCGCGCAGACAUUAAUGGAUAAGCUCGAACUGGACGAUCCGAUUGCUAGAGGGAUGGCUACAGCUUCCAGUGCUCAUGGAUUAGGCACUGCAGCGCUAUCCGCAAAAGAACCCGAGGCACUACCGUUUUGUGCGAUAGCUUAUGCUCUCACGGGAAUAAUCUCGUCGGUGGUGGCCGCAGUUCCCGUUGUCCAGCAAAGCCUCGUCGCUCUGGCCGGUUAGUUGCCAAUGGAGAAAAAGGAACAGGCAAUAGAAAGAAAAAAGAAACAAACUUCUCAGAGAGAGCUUUCGCUUUUUCCUCCCAUUGGUCUUGCACGAAAAUCUCCCAGAUGAACGCAGCAACUUUGGGGUGGAAGUAUUUGUUUAUCCAAGUCAAAAAAGCAGCUACCACAAAUGGAGCACCGGAAUUAAAUCUGGACCAUCAUGAACAGCCGCUAGACGAAAGAGAAAAGCGGAGUUUAUUCGCUGGGAGAAAGAAGAUUAAAUUAUUUCUCCUUGGCGACGAGACGAUGCAAGUUCUCAUACGAACACAAUCAUUGUUUCAAUGCGAGGUUCUUCUUCUUUCUUCCUCAUCUUCGUCUAAAAAUUUGUUUUUCCUUUCGUUUUUUUAUAUCUUUUUCUCUCUGCGAAGGAAAGAAGCUUCGCUUCAAUCAUUCCUGAGAAGCAAAAGCCGCAGGGAAUAAAGUAAUCGACGCUUCUUCUUCUUGUUU